UUUCUUUUACCCUGAGAAUUAAAUCCUUAUGUUUCUGUAUAUGCUUUUUGGAAAAUUCUUUGUUUCUUCUUUGUUCCCUUGCAUAUGUGAAAUACCCUAGUGUUUAUCGGCCAGCUUGGUAUGUUGAUUGCAAACGAUGAUUUCUUGUUUGUCGCGUUCCUGCCGACCAGAAAAUUGGGGAUGGAUCUUUAGUUUUUUCUUUGAUUCAAUUUCAAGGGUUUUACUCUUGCUCUUCAGAUUCUGGGUAUAAUAGCCAGUAUUCGAGAUUAGCCCCCUUUUUGUUUCUGCGUUGUCACUUUCAGGCUUCAUGGGCGGAUUGUUUUCGGAGAAAAAAGCAAGGGCUUGAGUCUUGGAUGACUACUGGGAUUUGCGGAUUUAAAUUAACUUCAAUUUCAAGCAGGAAUUUUUAUUCUAAAACUGGUCAUGAUAGGAACCCUGGGACUGUCAUUUACUGGUCAAUGCCAGAACUUGCUAAUGGGACUUUUGAUCCUAGUAUUUUAGCAAAAACGCACGCAAGAAGUGCACAGUAGUUUAGCACAACUGAACACAAGUUGUUCACUGAAUUAGUAUACUCAAAUGUUCUUAGAACGUAUCCAUGAUUUUUAAUGUGAUUAAGUUGUUUGUCUUUAGAUAAAAGGUGAAUACCCUGUUGUAGGGGGAUUUCAUUUCAAGUUCCUCAGUGGAGUCAGGAGUCAGAAGGUAAUAUAUGGAAAGGAAAUAUAAAAGGUCAAGCAAUCUACUUGCCUUAUAUGCUACCAUGACUAUCUACUGAGAUUGGUCUCAUCUUCCUGGUGUACCUCAUUGUUGAAUGUUUAUAUGUGGUCUAUAAAAUGUGAAAAUUAUAUAAUAGGCAUGGUCAUUUUUUAAGUCUUUGAUGCUCAAAUACCUUUUCCAGCAGGUAAUGCUAAAAGAUUUCCACUUUCUUAACCAUGCUAUCUCUGUUUCAGUUUUUGGUGAUCUUGAAUAAGAUGGGAAGUAAUGGUGGAGAGCACAUAAAUAUUUCCGGAAUGGAUGCAGCUGAAUGUUCUCAAACCUCUGUUCAGAUCAAGAUCAAGACAUUGGAUUCUCAAACGUUCACCCUGCGGGUGGAUAAAUGUGUGCCUGUUCCAGAACUGAAGGAACAGAUUGCGUCUGUAACUGGUGUCCUGUCAGAGCAACAACGCCUUAUAUGCCGUGGAAAAGUUUUGAAGGAUGACCAACUCCUCUCAGCUUACCAUGUGGAGGAUGGGCACACUCUGCAUCUUGUUGUGAGACAACCUAUUUCUACCUCAGAAGAGCAGUCAGAUCAGCUAGCAGCGGAUCCAACAUCAAGUGCAGGGCAGAAUGCAGGCAGUCACAUAAGCCCUGGUAUGGUGGUUGGAACCUUCAAUAUAUCAGAACAAGGAGAUGGAGCUUUUCCCGAUCUAAAUCGGAUUGUUUCUGCUGUACUUACUUCUUUUGGUGUUACAAGAUAUGGAAAUGGCACUGAAGGGAUUGAUCUAAAUCAACCUCCAUUGGAAAAUCUCUCAACUGCACCUGGACUAAGUGGUACCAGAAAUUCUAGUAUACCACAAUCUGACCAAGCAGCUUCAGUUGCUGUUCCUGUGGAGCCUUUGCAGCCGCCGGUUAUACCCGAUUCACUGACUACUUUGUUACAGUACUUGAGCCACUUGAGACAAGAAUUUUCUGCCUACGGCCAAAGCACAAAUGCUCAAAAUGGGAGGGAUGGGCAAGAGUUUGAGUCUGCUGGGUAUUCUAGUGAGCCAAGAGGGCUCCUGAAUCCUGAGUCAUUGGCUGAGGUGAUGUCAUCUGCCAGACUUCUUCUUCUUGAACAAGCCACUGAGUGCUUGUUGCAACUUUCAAGACAGCUUGAAUCACAUUCAAGUGUAAUGGAUUCGUUUGAGCGGUCAAGAAUUCAAUCUAAUGCUAUAAGAUCAGGAGCUCUUUUUCAGAAUUUGGGUGCUUUGAUGCUAGAGCUUGGUAGGGCCAUGAUGACCCUGCGAAUGGGUCAAUCACCGGCUGAUGCAUUGGUAAAUGCUGGACCGUCGGUCUUCAUAUCUUCAACCGGGCCAAAUCCUAUCAUGGUUCAGCCUCUGCCUUUCCAACCAGGGGCGAGUUUUGGUUCAGUUCCUGUGGGUACUGCUCAACAUGGCUCUGGUUUAGCUGGAAAUUCUGCUGCUACAGGUUUCCUUCCCAGAAAUAUUGACAUCAGAAUACGAGCAGGUUCACUAUUUCCUCGAAGAGAGCCUACUACUUCCCCGUCUCAAGGGCAAACUGGUACAUCAUCACCCAAUAGAGCAAGUCCCAGUCAACAACAAGAUUCUGCGCCGGUUGAACCAAGCUCACGCAAUAGGGAACCACAACUGAGGGCUAUUCCCUUAAGAACUGUAGUGGCAGCAGUUCCUUCCUCUGUUGGGCGUACUACUGAUUCCUCUCGUGGUUCAAUAGGGAUCCUAUAUCCAGUUUUGGCUAGAGUUCAGCAUCUAUCUUCAGGAAGCUCAAAUAAUGCAAGAACUUCUCAAACAUCAGAUCUAAAUCAUGAUCAUAGUGGCAAUCCUGAACAACCUGUUCCUGGUUCUUCAACACAACAGCAACAUAUUCCAAUCCCUGGAGGAAAUGGGAGCAGCAGCUUACCUUCUGAAGCACUUAGCGACCAAGGAUUCUCUGCCGAUGUCAGAGGACUCGAGCAACUGCUAAGUAGUAUAUUUCCAGGGGGACAGAUCCUCAGUGAAAGUACCGAGCUCCCACAUGCAGCUUCUGCUCCAAGUCAUGCUCAAGGUACUCUGGAAUCAGCACCGGCUGUGAGUGAAGAAGGGGUACUUUUAUCGAAUAUUCUACGCCAGAUAAUGCCAAUGCUAUCUGAGAACACCAGAGGUGCGGAUAACAAUACAUCCACUGAAGGAGCAAAUGCAGAUGAAACACAGGCUGAUGACAACAGAGAUGAAGGAUCUUCUCGUCGCGGGAGGGGCUCUCUGUCACAAGCAAAUCCAAAACGACAGAGGAGGGAGUAGCAUCGGAAGUGUUGUGGAAGAAGAUGAGAAGUUUGGGUGGAAGCUAACUUCAUAUGAUAAGAGAGUUGAACAGAGACGUACAUAAUUUAUUUUCUGCUGAAGAUAAUUUUUACUCCAUAUUAUUGGGUGAUCCUCUUCGACUUUUUUAAGUUACGCUAUUCUUUAUUCAUGAGGUUAGAGAGAGAGAGGGAGAAGUGAAGAUGGUUAUGGUUACAAAUAAUUGUUGUGUGAGUGCGGAUGGCUGUGGCUUUGCUGCCUAGACAUAUACUUCUCUUUUCUAUUCUACAGUCUUCUCUGGCAUACCAUACAAAAUCUUGUAUUUACUCUUUUUUUUAAUAUAAAUUCAAAGAUUGAGAUGCAA